AUGGCUCCCGCCUCCGCCACCGACAAGCUCAAGAAGCACUCCUCCCGAGCUUCCAGUACCUCCAAGCCCGACCCUGAGAUCGAGAGCCCCAUUUCCGUUUCCGCUUCGGACCUGCCAGGCUCGGAACCCGCUUACCUGAAAGAACUGCAAAAGAGCCUUCGCAAUGCCGUGAAGAAGCUGAACGCUACCGCCAAAGUCGACGCCAUCCUCGCCGAGAACAAGGGCAAAUCGCUCGACGAGCUCGUCGAGGCGAAGAAGAUUAAUAACGAUCAAAAAGCUCAAGCCUUGAAGAAACCCGCCCUUCAAGCUAGCAUUGCACAAAUCGAAGAACAAAUCGGACAUUAUAAGCUGAUCGCUGACCAGUACGAGGAGCGACUGGUGAGCCAGAAGGCUGCCCUGGAGAAGACACACCAGGAGGAGCUGGAGGCGGUGCGCGCCAAUGCGAUCGCCGAUGCCACAGAGACAACUGCCAAAGUCCUGCGCCAGCAAUUGCUCACUGUUAGCAAGUUCCUUUGCGCUGCGGCUAACAGCCGACGGGACGGUGAUGCGGAGGCUCUGGAGAGUCGCGCCUUUGAGGGCGUUCUAUACCAGGUUUAUGGUGGGAACCAGGAUGCCGUUUCGUCUAUGAUUAAGUUGAUUGAUGGGGCGGAUGAGAAGAUUCAGGGUGUUGAGGGCGAUUUGCUGGAUAUGAGCUUCGGCGACGUGAAGCAGGCAUCUAGCAAAUUCUCUCCCGGCGAGCCCGCCGAACUUGCGACAGAGACCACCCCCGCAUCGGACCCUACCCUCGCCAAUGCUGGUUUGACCGAGCUCCAGGAUACCUCUGUCCGCGCCGAGGCCGCUGCGCAGGAGAACCUCCCGACAUCCGACCAAAUUGCACCCCCAUCUCAGACCUUGGUCUCCGAUGCGGGUAACGCGGUGGCGGAAACAUCCUACAAUGGCAAUUCCAUGACUUCGUCAGCCACCACGGACGGAUGGGUGAAUAUCCCUCGUGAUCCAGCCGAGACCGAUACUGGCCUCCAGGCGACCCCUGCAAAUACCGAGAACACGGAGGCCGAGGCUAAGGGCCAAUCCGGUGGACGCAACCGCAACAAUAACAACAACAACCGCCAGGGCGGACGUGGUCGGGGUGAGGGCAGCCGAGGAGGUCGUAGCCGUGGAGACUUCCGCGGCCGCGGACGUGGCGGCGGUGGUGGUCGUGGAGGUCGUGGACGCGGUGGAGCGAACGGAUCGCCUACUGGCGAGCAAUAA